CCAGCUUCCCUCCAGGCUCCUUCCUGGGAGGAAGGGGCUGCCUGUGCCUCGGCAGCAGGGCAGGCGAGGGAAGGAGGCUGGGCAGGUGUUGCAAUCCACGGCCCCUGGGUCUAUCAGAGGCCAAGCCAUUAACGACAGGGCUGGGGAGAGAAGCCAGACUGAGGCUGUUUUAAGGAACUUGCCUGAAGAAGAGCAGAGACCAGGCAGGGAGACUGCGGGGCUGCGGCCCCAGCAUGGGGAAACUGAAGCUCAGAAAGUAACUUGUCCAAGGUCACAACGCUGGCACUGUCGCCAUGACUACAGGGCACCUGACCCCAGAAGACCUCCAAGGUGAACACCAAGUUGGCACUAUGGUGGGGCUGGGAGCCUGGAGCCUGACCACAGCUGCCCUGAUCAUCCUACUGCUUCCCAGAAGCCUGGAGGAGUGCGGGCACAUCAGCCUCUCGGCCCCCAUUGUCUGCCUGGGAGAUGCCAUCACCGCCUCCUGCGUCAUCAACCAGAACUGCAGCCACCUGGGCUUGGAGUCACAGAUUGUGUGGAAACUGGGAACAGAGCUUCAACCCGGGGGGAGGCAGCAACGCUUGCCCGACGGGACCCAGAAAUCUACCAUCACCCUGCCCCACCUCAACGACCCUUCGGCCCUUCUCUCCUGCUGUCUGCUCUGGGGUGACAGCCUGCAGAUCCUGGACCAGGCUGAGCUGCAGGCAGGCUACCCUCCCGCCACACCCCACAACCUGUCCUGUGUCAUGAACCUCACAACCGACAGCCUCACCUGCCAGUGGGAGCCAGGACCUGACACCUACUUGUCUACCAACUUCACGCUAAAAAGCUUCAAGAGUCGGGGCAACUGCCAGACCCAAGAGGAAGCCAUCCCCGACUGCGUGCCCGAGGACGGGCAGAGCCGCUGCUCCAUCCCACGCAGACACCUGCAGCUGUACCAGAGUAUGGGCAUCUGGGUGCAGGCGGAGAACGUGCUGGGGAGCAGUGUGUCCCCGCAGCUGUGCCUUGAUCCCAUGGAUGUUGUAAAACUGGAGCCCCCCAAACUGUGGGCCCUGGAGCCCAGCCCUGAGGUGGCCCUACCCCAGCCAGGCUGCCUGCAGGUGCACUGGGAACUGUGGAAGCCAAGCCUGCACAUAGAUCAGAAGUGUGAGCUGCGCCACCAGCCACAGCUUGGGGAAGCCAGCUGGACCUUGGUGGGCCCCCUGCCCUCCAGCGCCCUUCAGCAUGAGCUCUGCGGGCUCCUCCCAUCCACAGCCUAUGCCCUGCAGAUACGCUGCAUCCGCUGGCCCCUGCCUGGCUACUGGAGUGACUGGAGCCCCAGCCUGGAGCUGACCAGCACACAGGGGGCCCCCAACGUCAGACUGGACACGUGGUGGCGGCAGAGGCAGCUGGACCCCAGGACAGUGGAAGUGCAAUUGUUCUGGAAGCCAAUGCCCCUGGAGGAAGACAGCGGGCAGAUCCAAGGGUACCUGGUCUCCUGGAGACCCCCAGGCCAGGCUGGAGCAGUUCAACCCCUCUGCAAAACCACGGAACUCAACUGUACCUUCCACGUGCCUUCAGAAGCCCAGGAGGUGGUCCUCGUGGCCUAUAACAGAGCUGGGACCUCUCGUCCCACCCCAGUGCUCUUCCUGAAGAGCAGAGGCCCGCCCCUGGACAGACUGUACGCCAUGGCCCGAGACCCUCACAGCCUCUGGGUGGGCUGGGAACCCCCCAGCCCUCAGCCUCGGGGCUAUGUGAUUGAGUGGGGGCUGGGGCCUCCCAGCCCCAGCGGCAGCCACAAGACCUGGAAAAUGGAGCAUAACGGAAGCAUUGCAGGGACCCUGCUGCAGGAGAACAUCAGGCCCUUUCAGCUCUACGAGAUCACUGUGACCGCCCUGUACCAAGACACCAUGGGACCCUCCCAGCACAUCUACGCGUACUCCCAAGAGAUGGCCCCCUCCCACGCCCCAGAGCUGCAUCUAAAGCACAUUGGCAAGACCUGGGCCCAGCUGGAGUGGGUGCCCCAGGCCCCUGAGCUGGGGAAGAGCCCCCUUACCCACUACACCAUCUUCUGGACCAACGCUCGGGGCCAGUCCUUCUCCACCAUCCUUAAUGCUUCCUCCCAUGACUUUGUCCUCCACGGCCUGGAGCCCACCACCUUGUACCACGUCCACCUCAUGGCUACCAGUCAGGCGGGGGCCACCAACAGUACAAGCCUCACCCUGAUGACCUUAGCCCCAGAGGAGUUCGAGCUGAACAUCUUCCUGGGCCUUUUCGGCCUCCUGGUCUUGCUCAUCUGUCUCUGUGGGGCUGCCCGGCUCUGCUACAGACCCAGCAGGAAGAACCCCCUCUGGCCAAGUGUCCCAGACCCAGCCCACAGCAGCCUAGGCUCCUGGGUGCCUACCAUCACAGCGGAGGAGAUCUUCCAGCUGCCCAGUCUUUGGGACCCCAGCAUGCCACCCAUCACCAAGAUCACGGUGCUGGAGGAAGAAGAGAAGAAGCCAGGGCCCUGGGAGUCCAGUGACAGCUCAGGAACCUGUGGCCUUCCCACCCUGGUCCAGGCCUAUGUGCUCCACGGGGACCCAAGAGCACCUUCUAUCCAGCCCCAGUCCCAGUCUGGCAACAGUGACCAGGUCCUUUACGGGCAGGUGCUGGGCAGCCCCACCGGCUCAGGGCCAGAGCACUACAACCGCUGUGACUCCACUCAGCCUCUCUUGGGGGGCCUCACCCCUAGCCCCAAGUCCUAUGAGAACCUCUGGUUCCAAACCAGUCCACUAAGGACCCCAGAGCCUCUAGUCCCAAACCAGGAGGAAGACUGUGUCUUUGGGCCACUGCUUGACUUCCCCCUCCUGAAAGGGCUGCAGGUCCAGGGGAUGGAAGGGCUGCGGGACUUCUAGGACUUCCCGGGAUGCCCCAGCUGGGUCUGCCUCUUGAAAGGCCUGGGGCAUCCAGAGAAGAAGCAAGUGUCAGUAAGCCCAAGGAAAGGCAGAAAGGCUCCCAGUUUCUCCCUGUCUGAGGCCCCCAGCAUCCCUCCCCCAUGCUCUCAAUACCCGUGGGCUGGGCCUCCCACUUUAAAGGUCAGAGACUGCUUCAUCCAGCCUGCCCACUAGAGUGCCUUUUGUGCUUAUUUCCUGUCAUUUCAGUCUCUUAAACUGGUUUAUGGUUCGGUUUGAUUUGGUUUCAUUUUGAGAAACUCGUAUGUGUGCCUGCGUCUCUGUUCUUUUUCUUUUCAGGGCCCUGGCAGUCGGGGGGCUGUACCUCUCAGAAUCACUGGUUGUUUUAUUUUUCUUUCAUUCAUUCAUUCAUUCAUUCGUUCGUUCGUUCAUUCAACCAAAACCCUAUGCUGACAGCAGGGACUCAAAAAUGAUUUGGCUCAGUGCAUCCUCAAAAUGAUUUGCCUCAGUGCUCUCACUCUAGUGAUGGAGACUUGAAAAUUGACCCCUGGUACCCUGGCCGGUUUUCUCAGUGGUUAGAGCAUCGGCCCCCCGGACCAGAGUCCCAGUUCGGUUCCCGCUAGGGGCAUGUCCGUCGGUUGCAGUU